AUGGCCAGAUUCACUCAGACUGAGACAAGAGGGGAGCAGCAUCCACAGCCGCCCCAUCCCGCUUACUCCAGCCUGCUUUUCACUGGACCCGGGGCAGCACCGACCCAACAUCCACUCCUCCUUAUCCCGCACCAGCACCAGUACGCUCAGAUCCCAUUCCCAAAACCCAUGAACGGGUCAGAAUCCAUCUCCAUUCAUCCGGAGAACGGCACCAUGAAAGACCAAGAUGCCAUAAAACUCUUUAUCGGGCAAAUACCGCGGAACCUUGAGGAAAAAGACCUGAAACCCUUAUUCGAACAGUUUGGGAAAAUUCACGAAUUGACAGUAUUGAAGGACCGAUACACCGGCAUGCAUAAAGGCUGCGCGUUCCUCACCUACUGCGCCCGCGAGUCGGCCAUCAAAGCCCAGAACGCUCUCCAUGAACAGAAGACGCUGCCGGGGAUGACUCGCCCCAUCCAGGUGAAGCCAGCUGACAGCGAGAGCCGUGGAGAAGACAGGAAGCUGUUCGUGGGGAUGCUGAACAAACAACAGACAGAGGAGGACGUGUAUCGUCUUUUUGAGCCCUAUGGAGUUAUCGAAGAGUGCACUGUGCUAAGAGGUCCUGACGGAAACAGCAAAGGCUGUGCCUUUGUAAAGUUCUCCACACACGCCGAAGCUCAGUCCGCAAUCAGUGCCCUGCACGGCAGUCAGACCAUGCCAACUGGCUCCGAUUCUCUCCUCCCUCAGGGUGCCUCGUCCAGCCUGGUGGUCAAGUUUGCCGACACGGACAAGGAGCGCACCAUCCGUCGCAUGCAGCAGAUGGUGGGCCAGUUCGGCAUCUUCAACCCUGCCAUCGCCCUGCCCUUCAGCACCUACAGCACCUACGCACAUGCACUGAUGCAGCAGCAGGCGGCCCUCAUGGCUGCCAGUCACGGAGGCUAUCUGGCACCCAGCGUGGCCUUUCCCACCACUCAGAUCCACCAGAUGGGGGCGCUCAAUAUCAACAGCCUGCCGCCCACCCCUAUGACCCCGGUGUCGGGUGAGUUUCAUCAAACACUGGGCCUCAGCUCACCUCCUGCAAACCUCACCACAUCAGCCGUCCCUAGCAUCGUCACUCCAAUCGUCAACGGCUUUACCAGCAUCCCUCACCAGCCCAACGGACACCCUGCAGUGGAGGCUGUUUACACCAACGGUCUGUCCCCCUACUCCACCCAAAGCCCCACGGCUGCCGACACUCUACAGCAGGCCUUCACCGGGGUGCAACAAUAUACAGCCAUCUACCCAGCGACCACACUGACCCCUAUUGGCCAAAGCUUGCCACAGCCACCACAAGUCAUUCAACAACAGCAGCAGAGAGAAGGACCAGAGGGCUGCAACCUCUUCAUCUACCAUCUGCCACAAGAAUUUGGCGAUAACGAGCUCAUGCAGAUGUUCCUUCCAUUUGGAACAGUCAUCUCUUCCAAGGUCUUUAUGGACAGAGCCACCAACCAGAGCAAAUGUUUUGGUUUCGUGAGUUUCGACAACCCAGCAAGUGCACAGGCUGCUAUCCAGGCCAUGAACGGAUUUCAGAUUGGCAUGAAGAGGUUGAAAGUGCAGUUAAAACGGCCGAAGGAUGCGAGCCGCCCAUACUGACAGGGCCCAAUCAACACAGGGCUCUCUGCAACAGCACAGGAUUUGAAAAGUGAAAUCUCUAAAGGAAUUUAAAAUUUUCUUUAAAAACAAACCAGAAAAACAUGAAUGGAUUUUUUUUGAAGACAUAUCAGAAUUUAUUUUAUGAAGAUGUUCAGAACAGAGGAGGGUUGCAGGUGAACAGGCACCCAUGGACAAAACCACAAAACUCGGCACAGCGUACGAAAGACAUGAGGAAGUUUUCUCAAAAGACUUGCUGAGCUUGAAUCGUCAGUCAAGCAACAAACAAAAAGAAAAAAAAAAAAUGAGCAAGAACAACUUCGAUUUCUAUAUACAUAUUAUACACACAUAUGCUAUUUAAAGGAAGAGAUGGCUAUGGCUUUUAUUACACUGGACUAAUGAGGGUUAAACUUGAAGACCAAGGAAAACUGCAGUGGAAAAAAAGGAGCUCUUCUUGUCCUGCUAGCGGACUCUCUUUAUUUCUCUUUCCCUCCUUCCUUUCUUCUGUCACUGUCUCUCAGCAAAUGCAGGACUUUUCUGUGGUCACCAAGGUUUGCAUACCCUCAGUGAAACUGAUAUGUCUUUCACCCCCAAGGGACCAAAGGACCAAACAUUUUUAUUCCUCAACAGAAAUAUAUAGUAUUAAUAUCAAUACUAAUACUACAAACUACUACUAACGACAUGCGUUUAAAGAAAAAAAAAAAACAUAAUUAUUCGCUUCAGGUCAGAAGAGGAAAGGGAUUUUAAUUUCUUUUCCUUUUACAUUUAUAGCUACUGGGUUUCAGAAUAUUUAAACAAAAUAUAAAAAAAAAAUGAAGAAAAAAAAAGUAUUUUAAAAGCUAUACUAUUUUAGUGGAGUAGAAUAUGUGGAUUGGAGAUUGUUAGGAGCAUGUUCAGGCAUUUUUCAUUCAUGAAGAAAAAAAAAAGGUUGAAGAGGGGUGGGUAAACUGUACAUCGUCCAUUGUCAUUUUGCUCUGAGGUUGCUCAGAUGUCAGAAAUAGGCUCACAUUCCAGAGAACAAAUGCUGAAUAUAACUAUAUAUGCAUGUUCAAAGUAUUGCUGGUUUAGCAAAAAGCAAAGACUACAUUGGUAGUUAUUCAGUACACAUACAAUAAGCAAACAUAUUUAUCAAGAAAAGCUUUACUUAUCAAGCAGAAUAAAGUACCUGUGAACUGCAAUAUUACAGCUGUAGCCAUUGCACAGGUAAAUAAUUACAACAAAAAGAACAACAAAAAAAUACUGUUAAUGCUCGUCUCUUGACAGGGGAUGGGAAAUAUUUAAUAAUAUUUAUUUUUACGCUUUAGUUUAAUUUCUAGUUUGACUUAUUGAGGUCUAAAGUGUAUUACUUUUUGUUUAUUUUGUCUACGAGCACCAUGACUGUGCCAGCCUGAUCUCAUGAAAAAAAAAACGUGACUGUGGCGAUAUUUUUAGCAAAAUUACAUUUACAUGGUUCCUUACAUUAUCGCAGGAGUUCUGAGGUGAAAUUACCACUGAGUGGCAAUUAAAACAAGUAAAAUUUUCUCACAAACAGAUGAGGUUUUAAAAGUUAAUGCUCUAUCGAAUUUUAAAUCAACAAAACCCAACUACCUCCCUGCCCUAAACCUUAAACCUAAACCUAACCGAUAGAGUCGUAAAAAGCAACGCGUGAUGUGAAAAACGCAAUUGCUGAAGCAACCACGUAAUUUUUCGGUGCUUCUAUGACACUUUUGGCUCAGGUGUCGACUUGCAUGAUCUUCAGGAUUCAUACCCAGUCCUUAGUCUUGCAAGUGCAAAGCUCUAUCAGUUGAGCUACCACACAAUUUGAACGUGUUCGAACAAGCUUGUAAAUGUAGUUGGUUAUGUAAUGCAAAAAUUAAAAUGUAUCACCUUACAAGUCAUGCGCUAUAGUAAACGUGUGUAAAUAUCAAGAUGACAUUUUGUGAGAAACAGAACGAAAAAUGUGUUUGUGAAUUGAUAAUCUGCAAUUUUACUCGUGAUUUGUGUGAGAGGGAUUAAAAAAGUAAUGGUUGAAGCACCUCUAGUGUUCAUUUCACCAGGAAAUUACCACGAUACGUACAUUGAACCACGCAGAAUUCAUUUUGCAAAAAUGUUGAUAUAGUAACGUGAUUUAGCGAGACCAGGUCAGACUGUGUUUUGUAAGUAUCGCUCAACUUCACCAUACCAAGAGACCAGCAGAGCUUUCAUAUCAUUUCAUGAAACAUCUUUCAAGAACAUCUGUUUACUCAACCUACAUUACCUGUACAUCAAUUUAAACACAUGAACACAACGGUUCGUGCCAAAUGGUAAAUAUCAACUUAUAAAGCACAUUGGUAAAUAGACCAAGCCAAGCAGUUGCAAAGAUAUAUAGCCUUAAACCCAUAAGAGGUUAAAUACAGUCCACAAAAUGCCCUCAUUAGGGACCCUAUUGAGGGGAUACACUUGUUAUUGCUUACAAUUUCUGAAGCACAUCAGAAUUUUAUGGGGACCAUAUUGCAGCAUAAAUCAAAUAAUUCAAAUGGAUAUUAUUGCAUCGGAAGCAUGCACAAUCGAUUGCACGUUGACAUUUCCCAUGGGCAUCUGACAAACAUAGUUCACUUUUCAAAUAAAUAUGUUUAAGAUACAUAAAAUGGAAGUGCUGGAAGACUUGUCAAACAACCAUAAACUUCCCUUCAACUCAGAUGCAAGCAGGUUGAAUCCACAAAUAGCUCAUAUUUCCAACAAUACGUAUCUCAGGCUGGUAUGGAUUAGCAAGACACUAACUGUCUACGAAGGCCUAAUGAGCAGCCUGUAAAAGAGCUUACGAACAGCUUGCAAAUAGGAGC